CCUUCCUUGUUGCCACAAGAGUCAUCUUCGCAUACAAGUAGUCCACUUCCUCCUCUCUUUUGAUCAAUCGAAGAAUAAAAAUCGCGUUUGAUAUCUUUCUUCGCUAACUGGGUCGGUGGAACGCCGCUUGUCCGUUCAUUGCAUAAUGGAGCACACUGAAGAUGAGUGUCGUAUGGUCAGUGAUCACCAGGGGAAGCAAGAUGAUGAGGAAAGUCUUGCACGCCUUGAGGAACAUCGAAAAUCAAUUGAUGCAAAAAUGACACUCCGCCAUAGUAAUUUGAAUCCUGAAAGACCAGAUUCUGGAUUCCUCAGGACAUUAGACUCCAGUAUCAAACGUAAUACUGCUGUUACCAAAAAGCUUAGGCAGAUAAAUGAUGAGCAAAGAGAAGCCCUAUUGGAUGAGCUGAGAGGUGUCAACAUGAGCAAGUUUGUUAGUGAAGCUGUUACUGCUAUUUGUGAAGCCAAGCUUCGAGCUUCAGAUAUUCAAGCAGCAGUGCAGGUUUGCUCUUUGCUUCAUCAAAGAUACAAUGACUUUGCACCUUCCCUAAUUCAGGGCCUGCUUAAAAUUUUCUUUCCUGGAAAAACCGGUGAUGAUUUAGAUGCUGAUAGGAAUUCAAGGGCUAUGAAGAAAAGGAGUACUCUGAAACUUCUUGUUGAACUUUAUUUUGUUGGGGUGGUUGAUGAUUGCAGCAUUCUUCUAAACAUUAUAAAGGAUCUUACUGCUCUGGACCAUUUGAAGGAUAGGGAAACAACACAGACUAAUUUGUCACUUCUCACAAGUUUUACCCGACAAGGAAGAUUUUUUUUGGGCCUUCAACUAGCUGGACAAGAAAUUUAUGAUGAGUUUUUUGCUGUCCUUAAUGUCACUGCAGAUCAGAAAAAGUUUUUCAAGAAAGCAUUACAUGCAUAUUAUGAUGCCGUAACUGAAUUACUUCUGUCUGAGCAUAAUUCACUUCGGCUAAUGGAACUUGAGAAUGCAAAGGUCUUGAAUGCUAAAGGGGAGCUUAGUGACGAAAAUACUGCAUCAUACGAGAAACUCAGGAAGUCUUUUGAUCAAUUAUUCCGUGGUGUCUCUUCUUUAGCUGAAGCACUUGAUGUGCAACCUCCUGUAAUGCCAGAUGAUGGUCAUUCAACUCGAGUUACCACAGGAAUUGAUGCAGCAUCUUCCACUUCAGUGAAAGAGGCAUCUAUUCUUGAACCUGUAUGGGAUGAUGAAGAUACAAGGGCAUUUUAUGAGUCAUUACCUGACCUCAGAGCAUUUGUUCCUGCUGUUUUACUUGGAGAAGCUGAACCAAAGUUGAAUGACCAACAACUGAAAGCACAUGAUCAGCAAAGUGAAAAUACAUUGGAGCUAGACGCUGAUACACAAGAUGCUUCUGAGACUUGUGUUGAUCCAGAAUCUUCACCAAAGUGUAAAACAGAAGUAAAGGGAAAGGAUAAAGAUGAAAAAGAUAAGGAAAAAAUGAGAGAUUCUGAUAAAGAAAAACCUAAAGAUGACACUGAAAAGAAAGACGGGGACAAGGAUAAGAUAAAAGGUCUUGAUGGAACGAGUUUGGAUAGUCUGUUACAGAGACUUCCGGGUUGUGUAAGCCGUGAUCUUAUUGAUCAGCUGACGGUAGAGUUUUGUUACUUGAAUUCUAAGACAAAUAGAAAGAAAUUAGUUCGAGCACUCUUCAAUGUACCAAGGACUUCCUUAGAGUUGUUGCCAUACUAUUCUCGAAUGGUGGCAACAUUGUCAACAUGUAUGAAGGAUGUGCCACCAAUGCUAUUGUCAAUGCUAGAAGAGGAGUUCAACUUUCUCAUAAAUAAGAAGGAUCAAACCAAUAUCGAGACAAAGAUAAAGAACAUUAGGUUUAUUGGAGAACUAAGCAAGUUCAAAAUUGCAUCUGCAGGUCUUGUAUUUACUUGCUUGAAGGCCUGUCUUGAUGAUUUCACUCAUCAUAACAUUGAUGUUGCUUGCAAUCUUCUUGAAACUUGUGGUCGGUUUUUGUAUCGAUCACCUGAAACUACCAUACGCAUGGCAAACAUGUUGGAGAUUCUGAUGCGACUGAAAAAUGUGAAGAAUUUGGAUCCCCGUCAUAGUACAUUGGUUGAAAAUGCCUAUUACUUGUGCAAACCUCCUGAGCGUUCUGCUCGAGUUACUAAAGUCCGUCCUCCAUUACAUCAGUAUAUCAGAAAACUGAUUUUCUCAGAUCUUGACAAGUCGACAGUGGAGCAUGUUCUGCGUCAGCUGCGCAAACUACCUUGGUCUGAAUGCGAACCAUACAUAUUAAAGUGCUUCUUGAAGGUUCACAAGGGGAAAUAUAGUCAAGUACAUCUUAUUGCUGUUCUCACUGGAGGGCUUGGUCGCUACCAUGACGAAUUUGUAGUUGCACUUAUAGAUGAGGUACUUGAGGAAAUUAGACUGGGAUUAGAAUUGAAUGAUUAUGAGAUGCAGCAGCGGCGGCUUGCUCAUAUGAGAUUGCUUGGGGAGCUAUACAAUUAUGAGCACAUUGAUUCCUCCGUAGUGUUUGAAACACUUUACCUGAUUAUUUGCUAUGGUUACGGAUCAUCAGAACAAGAUACUUUGGAUCCACCAGAAGAUUGUUUCCGUAUCAGAUUGAUAGUUACACUUCUUCAGACGUGUGGUCACUAUUUUGAUAGAGGUUCUUCCAAGAGAAAGCUUGAUAGAUUCUUGAUAUAUUUUCAACAGUAUGUUCUAAGCAAAGGUCCAAUACCAUUCGACAUUGAGUUUGACAUUCAGGACAUGUUUGCAGAAUUACGACCUGAUAUGACUAGGUACUCAACAAUUGAGGAAGUUAAUAUUGCACUCGUUGAACUUGAGGAACAUGAGCGAACUUUCUCAGCUGAUAAGAUCUACAGUGAGAAGCACUCAGAUGGUGAAUCUCAAAAAGGUCAAUCUCAGUCAGUUUCAACAAUUAAUGUCAAUGGACAAGGUACAACAAAUGGAAUAGAGAAUGGUAGGGUUCAUGAUGCAGCAGGGGAUAGUGAUAGCUACUCUGACAAUGGUAGCAUUUAUCAUGAUGGGCAUGAAGACGAGGAAGAACCAAUGUAUGAAGACAAAUCGGAUGAUGGGUCGGAUGGUGAUGAGGAUGAUGAUGAAGAUGAUGGUGCAGUUGGAUCUGAUGAGGAAGACAAUGUCCACGUUAGGCAGAAAUUGGUGCAGGUGGAUCCCAAUGAAGAAGAGGACUUCGACCGUGAGUUGAAGACUCUGAUGCAGGAAAGCUUGGAAUCAAGAAAGCUGGACAUAAGGGCUAGGCCUACUAUUAAUAUGAUAAUACCAAUGAAUGUUUUUGAUGGUUCUAAGGACCCGAGGUUUGUCGAGGGGGAGAGUGGUGAAGACACUGUAGAGGAAGAUGGUGGUGGAGGACCAAACAAGGUGAGAGUUAAAGUGCUGAUGAAAAGAGGCAACAAGCAGCAAACAAAGCAAAUGUAUGUCCCCCAUGACUGCACUCUCGUGCAAAGUACAAAACAAAAGGAAGCUGCUGAGUUGGAAGAGAAACAACAUCUGAAGAAGCGGAUUCUGGAAUAUAAUGAGAGGGAAGAAGAGGAACUAAGUGGAGCAUCAUUGCAAGCUGGGAACUGGAUGCAAUCUGGGAACAGCAGUGGUAACCGGACUGCAGUCCGAGGUAAUUGGGAUGGUAUCAGGAUGGGUUUGCGGCCACGACAACAUCCACAUCCAUCUAGUGGGUACUAUCAUUCGCAUGGUAGGAGAAGAUGAUCAUACUGAAUGGUAAUUUUGGUUAGCAAAUUGAGUUGGCGUGCUCAGUACCAUUAGUGGCUGGAGAGAUCUUCUGAAUGCAAGUAACCUUUGGUGGUUGUUAUCAGAGAUGCGAUUGGCAUUUACAAAGGCAAUAAGAUGAUUCUGCCAUCAGAUCCUGAAAUGAACGUGGAGGUUCUUGGUUGUGUUUGUGAAAAUGAUCUGAAUAAGUUAUUGUAAUACCACAGCGUUGUCUACUGCAGCUUGUUUCGUCCACUCGACUGAUACUUCCAUAAUUGUGUGCGUUUCCAUGUUGGUGGAUCUGGUAGGGGGUAGGAUGCAAUGAAAUGGGAGUGAUUUAUUCCUUCUAUGAUUUCAUUUCGGUAUUGGGAAGAAUAAUUUGAAACUACUCAUUAUAAAGACUGAGCUGUUCCAUUCCAUUCAUCCCAAAAUUCAAGAGUUGAAAGGUUGCAUUU